UUGUACGGGCCCAACAUAAUCACCAUUCUUCGGAGAUUUGCUGUGUGUUCGUGCAAUUGGUCGAUCGAAACGAUCAUCCACCCGACAUCGUCGGUCCGUCAGAAGUUCGGAUCACCGAAGACGUCAGCCGAGGAACAAUCGUCGCACGAUUCAGUGUCAGCGAUCGAGAUGCCGGUGAUCGUGCAAGGUAAGGGAGUUCCUACGACGAGGGUUUGGUGGUUAUAUCUGGCAACGUUGCUCAUCGCUAUCGUUCCUCUUACGGGAGCUAUUGGUGAAUUAUCACUACCAUUCGGACUGGAUGCUUCAUUAGCGAAAUCGAGAUUCUCAUCUUAUGUAUCACCACAAGAACGUGCUAUACAAGUAUUUGUUAUGAAGAAUAUCAGUGAAGAUACACCUAUUGGUACAGUACUUGAUACGUUCAAAGCACAUGAUCCUUCUCUACCAACGUUUAACUACACGUUCCGAAUCAAUCGUCAAUCUGAUCCGAAACGUCAGUUUACAAUCGAUCAGGACGGGACAUUACGUGUUGCUCAACGUUUGGAUCGAGAAGACAUCAGUAGUUACAAACUUAUUAUUGAGGCAUUUGAUGCCGCUGGAAACGUUGGAACUCAGUUAGUAGCUGUUUACUUACGUGAUGUUAACGACAACGGCCCCGAACCUUAUACGGUUCCCAAGUUUUGCGUAUUUCCUGAGAAUACUCCGGUAAAUCAGCAAGGAACAUGCGAAAUUCGUUGUACUGACAAGGAUUCACCUGAAUAUGGACCACCCUUCAACAUGCAAUUGGAUCAAAGUAAAUGGAGAUAUGGCGAUUAUCUAAGUGUUACAUUUGAUGCUCAUGGCGAUGGUGAAAAUGGAUCAAUGACUAUCCGACCUUUGGUAGUAUUCGAUCGCGAGGCGGCUAGUCCUGGUAAAAUUCUCGAAAUUCCUCUGAUUCUCACAGAUCGCGCGGAUCGAACCAAUCACGCUUCCGUUCAUGUCAUCAUUGGAGAUGAGAAUGACAAUCCCAUGCACGAUGGAAAAAUGACUAUCACCGUGAACUCUUAUCUUGGGAAGCUGAAGAGGACUCAGAUUGGUAGAGUGUACGUGGAAGAUUUGGAUGAUUGGGAUCUUGGUGACAAGACGUUCACAUGGAAGGACUCCUUACCCGGCUUCGAACUUUCGCCUAGAGGAGAGAUCACGAUGGAUGCGAACAUGCCACCUGGUAGCUAUCAUAUAUCAUCCAAUGUUCAUGACAACCGUCGUAAUGAAAAUGCCGUUGGUUAUGUAACCGUUAAUGUUCUUUUGGUGCCAGAAUUGGCGUUCAUUAACCAGGGCUCUAUGCAAUUAUUGCUUGCUGAAGGCUCUAAUUUGCAAGCUCCGGAAGAUUUCAUACGUGUUAACGGCAGUGGAAAGAGCAUGUUGAACACAUUUGCACAUGGAAUGGUCAAAUACAUGGGUGGAAAUGUAGUGUUGGAUGUUUUCUCCAUUCAGUUGGACUACGCUACACUUCAAACUCGUACUGUUCCUGUUCUGAACGUACGUUUCUCAGCUCAUGGCUCUCCAUACAGGGACUCUAUCCAAUUAAACGGAUUAAUCUCUUCUAACCGAGAUGAAUUGCAAUGGAAAAUGGGUGUUACAAUCGUCGGAGUGGGCAUAGACAUGUGUAAAUUCACUAUCUGUGAUUCCGGAUGUCAAACAAUUAGCACGGCAGAUUUCAAUGGAGUUGUUGUCUCUGCGAACAGCACAGUCUUGGUUGGCGUGAACUCUCAGUCGAGAGAUGAAUGCACUUGUCCCGUAUGGCGUCCUCCAACUCAGUGUCAAGCCGGACUGUGUCAUAACGAUGGUGUCUGUCACAACACUCAUCCAGGGUUCUUUUGUGAAUGCCGCAAUGAUUUGCUGAAAGGUUCGAGGUGUCAGGGAACUACGCGGUCGUUUUCUGGAGACGGUUUUGCAUGGUAUAAACCAAUGCCGGCCUGUACUAGUCUCAACAUCAGCAUGCAGUUCAUGACUCUACAACAGGACGCUAUUCUUUUCUAUAAUGGUCCUAUGGAUACGAAAACAAGUGAGGAACAGAUCGAAUAUCGUGAUUAUAUCAUCAUUCAUUUGAGAAAUGGUCGUUUGGUGAUGGAGAUGUCGAUGAAUGGUAUUGCACCGGUCAACCUCGAAGUUGCCUCCACUCCAUUGAACGACGGAACCUGGCACGAGUUAGCUGUGACCCAGAUUGGAAAGUAUAUUGAAAUGGUGGUGGAUCAGUGUCGUUACCUUGGAACUCGUUCUGAUGAUUCGGCUUGUCGCGCAUCGCUUUAUACACCUGAUGAUGAUGAGCGCCUUAACAUAGUAGCUCCGGUGCAGAUCGGAGGUCUUGCUCCUCUUUCCGAUGAUCAAGCUUAUCCGUUAGCUGUUCCAAGAACUCCUCUGAAUGGAUGCGUGCGAAACCUUCGUGUUAAUGACGAUCACUACGAUCUUGCCACACCAUCUUACGAACGAAAUUCAGCCAGUGGAUGUAAAUUAUGGGGCGGAGCAUGUGACAGCAAUGCUAUCGACAGUCUUACACAUUGUGUUCACGGAGACUGUUACGCUGAUCUUCAGGGCAGUACUUCCCUUGUUCCGAAAUGCAUCUGCGACCCAGGGUGGGGUGGUGCUCGUUGUGAAAAGAAAAUUGAGUGGAUCCAAAUGCAGUCAGGCGGUUUUAUUGACUACUUACCGAAGAUUGCAUUCCCGGAGCAAACGAAUGACAUCGAGUUGUUGUUUAUUCCGGGUCGAGUCGCCGGAGCAGCCGAACUCACCUACGGAUCGGACAAGUUGCAGAACUACGUUUCAACAUCAGUUGAGAUGACUUCUGAUGGUUUAACACCGAUGGCUAAAUUCGAUCUUGGUGGUGUUCGAAAUUCUGUCACACAACUGAGGAUACCCAAUAUUUCUCUCAAAGAAAACUCGUCAUAUUGGAUGCACUUUACAAGAAAUCCAACGCGAACAUCGUUGUCUAUUGACAAUGCAUAUUACACAUCACAAGUGUUGGAUCCUACUGUUAAUUCACAACCAUUCACCCUUCAAGUUAGUGAGCUGUUCCUGGGGUCGCACAGUGGUGGACGAGGUUUCCAGGGUUGUAUUGGAACAUAUCGUUGGUCGAACCAAAACCUGCCGUUACGUCAGUCAUUGAAUAAAGCCAUAGAUCCUGAUGAUGAAAGCAUAGUAUCCAUCGUAAAAUGGGAUGGAGUUUCUGAUGGAUGCAGCUUACUCAUUACGUGUGCGCAACUGCCAGUGGGUUACUGUAGCGGUGCGAUGGUAUGCGUAGACUUUUGGAAAGGAGCGUUUUGCACGUGCCCUGAGGGGGCAAACGCAAUGCUCGGUGAUGAUGGGCAGCUUAUCGGCUGUGGUGAGACAUUGGCUGUUGCAAAAUUGGGAAUCAGUAAUCCUGCGAUCAUUCUUAUAUUGGUCUCUCUGGUUUUGUUGAUCAUGCUAGUAAUGCUCAUGCUCGUUUAUGCCCGACGUCAAACAACUCCAUUCGAAUCUGUACGACCAGAAGAUCUCAACCGUGAUAAUCUUCGACCUUACGCAAUUGAAGGGGGAGGUGAAGCGGAUAAUGACCAGUAUUCGAUUGCGAAUCUCCGAAAGCCGGUUAUGCCUAUCGAUGGAAAUGGUCUGUCGUUAGGUCCACCAGCGCCAGUCUACAGGCGACCUCACAUCGAUGAUAGAUUACGAUCUCAGUUGAAUGAUCUUGAAUCGGAUCAGAACGCUGCUCCAUUCGAUGAAAUCAGAAUUUACGAAGAUGAAAAGGAUACUGUCUCGGUCGUAACUCUUGAGUCACUUGGCUCAAUACCAGAUGCUGAGCGACAACCUGUGAGUGUUGAUUCGUUGAUGUAA